UAAUAAUUCUGUUUAUAAGUUAUGUGUGACUGUGCGUUGAUACUUAGUGCCACCACUGGGUCCCCAGGGCCUGCGUUUAUCGCGCACCUGCGUGCUCCCUGCGCACAUCUGGCAGGAGCCUCUGCUUAGGGACAGGGAUGCUGUUUCAGGCUGGGAGUGCUGACCUGUCACUAGCCUGGUGACUUCUCCAGCCACGGACAGCUGCGACGCAGGACCUCGGACCUCACCCCGGAUCCCGCAGGCGCCAUCUUCCCAGCCAGGUGACUGCCCCAAAGCCUUUCCUACACCCCGGACUCUCAGCUCCGGGACCCCAACCCGAAGGCCUGGGCCCCUGCCCCAGGAACUACAUUUCCCAGCGGGCGCUGGAGCAGCAACCGGUUUGGGAUGUGCUCUUCAGCACGGCUCCGCCCCUCGACUGCAACCCCCUAGUGGCCGCAGGUUGGCGGAGAGGGACGUGGGGCGCAGGUAACCCGGCGGGAGACGGCUUCCGGGCCAUCCUCCCCACACAAAAUGCCUGAGGGCCCUGAGCUGCAUCUGGCCAGCCAGUUUGUGAACGAGGCAUGCAGGGGGCUGGUGUUUGGCGGGUGUGUGGAGAAGUCACCCAUCAGCCGCAACCCUGAGGUGCCCUUUGAGAGCAGUGCCUACUACAUCUCAGCCUCAGCCCGUGGCAAGGAGCUUCGAUUGACACUGAGCCCCCUGCCUGGGGCCCAGCCCCCACAGGAGCCACUGGCCCUCAUCUUCCACUUUGGCAUGUCUGGAUCCUUCCAGCUGGCACCCAGCAAUGCAUUACCACCCCAUGCCCAUCUGCGCUUUUACACGGCUCCUCCUGGUCCCCAACUCACCCUCUGCUUCGUGGACAUCCGCCGCUUUGGCCACUGGGAGCUCACAGGCGAGUGGCAACCAGGCCGCGGGCCAUGUGUCUUGCUGGAGUAUGAACAGUUCAGACCGUGUCCCUCCAGGGAGAAUGUGUUACGAAACCUGGCAGACAAGGUCUUUGACCGGCCCAUCUGUGAGGCCCUCUUGGACCAGAGGUUCUUCAAUGGCAUUGGCAACUACCUGCGGGCAGAGAUUCUAUACAGGCUGAGGAUACCCCCCUUUGAGAAGGCCCGCACUGUUCUGGAGGCACUGAAGCAGCACAGGCUGGCGGCAAGGGCUAUGGGCAAGCGAGAGGGGAGGAGGAUUUUGCACCCUUUCGAGCCUGGCUGCGGUGCUAUGGCACGGUGGGCAUGCGCUCCCUGCGGGACCGGCACGGCCGUACCAUCUGGUUCCAGGGGGAUCCUGGACCUCUGGCACCCAAAGGGGGCAAGUCCCAUAAGAAGAAAUCCAGCAGAGCACAGCGGGGUCCUGAGGAUGGAGUGGAGGAUCAUCCGCCCCCAAGCAAGGCCCCUUCCAGGACACGAAGGGUAUGGAGAGGCCUUCCUGAGCAAACAACAGCCCAGCAGCCUGAGGGUACCAGCCUCCAAGACCCAAAAGUCCCCCCAAUCACUGAGAAAGGGAAGAGGAGAGGGCGAAGGGCCAACUCAGGUGGGCCUUCCUGAGCAUUUUCCUCUGGAGAUGGAAGGGGCACCACCAAACGGGGCUUUCCAGAAGGAAAGGAUGGCAGCACGGGCAGAGGUUACUUGUGGAAAGGAAGGCUGUCCGGGCAAUCUUCAACCUGGGGUCUGAGUUGCCUGUCCUCCCCAUAGGCUGCUGCAGACCUUAAAAGAUAGACUGCCAUCCCAUCUUUGGAGCCUGAGGAGACCUCAGCCUCUUAGCAGGAGGAUCUCCUUGCUUGCACCUAUCCCUUCCUGCUGCCUUGCCUUGGAUCUGGGGGCUUGUGUGGCUUUCUAGAAGCAUGCAACAGGUUAAAGGGGCUAGAUGCCUGUGACCUUGUGGCUGUUCCCCACAUAACUAUGUUUUUAAUUGUGUCCACCAUCCCCAUUUUUUAAGCCCAUGUGAAAAAUGCUGUAUUUUUAAAAAUAUAAAUUGGUAAACUUC